UGUAUCACCCUGUUCAUUUCGAUAAAUGUCUUAAAAAAUGUCCAAACGCGUUGUUUGUAGUAAUCACAGUCUGCUCACCAGUGUUGUAUAACGUGUAACGACUGUGCAAUCAACAAAGGGCUUUGGCUUAUUUACAAUGGCAGACAAAGCGAAACCAAUUAAUGACAGCAGUUGCAAUCCGUCAAGUUCUGCAAAUGUAGAUAGUACGCCGCUAUUCCCAGCUACUAAGGCUGGUAAACCGGCCGAUUAUGGCACAAACAACACGUUGGAGCUCUUGGAGCGUAUACCCAGUCAAAUAGUCGAUCUCAAACUGGAUGAAGUUCUCACUGCCGUGAAAACAGUGGAUAACCUGUGCGAUUACCCACGCUGCAAAACCAAAACAAGUCUAAUGGGCCAAGACUGCGAGCACUGCAACAAGCGAUACUGCUUCAAGCACGGUCUGCCCGAGGUGCACGGUUGCGGCUUGGAGAAACGACGAGAGGCCCGUAAAGAAUUUCUGCAUCCCAAGCCAUUAAAGACUAUACGACAUGAGGAGGAGCUUAAGAAUGCUAAAAAGAAGCUUAAUGAAAAGCUAAAGAACAUGCAAGUGGGUCGCAUGCAGAAAUCAGGUGGCAGUGACAAAAAGAAAAAAUAGAUUUGCGCCCAAUUGCGUAGGUUAACUCUAUAAUGUAAAUUAAAAAUUUCUAGUUUAAUUCUCUGAAUACACAUACAUAACAAGUUAA